GAAUGACGCAUAAUCGUGAGCUGUGAGUGCGAGUGUGUGAGUGUGUGUGUGUUCGGUCAGUGACAGUGCGGUGGACUGGUGGAGAUGUUCGCGCUGUGGUAUUUAUACUACGGGUACAAGGAGCUCAAGAUAGUCGCAGAUCAGGGUAGAAAAAAUGGCUCCGACGCGGGACCCCCAACACCGGUGCUUUUCCAAAAAACGCCCGCCGCACCUACACCUCAGCCCUUACCAAAGCCUGAAGUAAAGCCAUCCCCUCCUAUACCGGAAGUAAAACCUCCACCUCCUCCUGUACCGGAAGUAAAGCCUCCACCUCCCCCUGCUCCGGAAGUAAAACCAUCACCUCCUCCGGAGCCUAAACGUCCUGCUCCUAGUCAACCUCCGAAAGUUCAACCUCCUGAACCAACUCCUCCCAAGCCAGCACCUCCCAAACCUCAGCCUUCCCAGCCCGUGGACGUCCCCCGGCCCAAGGCCCCCCAGGCCCCCGAGGAUAGACUGAUGAGGUCGCAGGAGAAGCCGGAGCCUCCCCCUUGGCAACCGUUCACCACGCCGGAGGAUGCCAUGUUGAAUCCUGCUUUGUACCAGCGCAGGAACCCAAAAAUGGUGGACGCAGCGACUUUGGAAAAGUUGGAGGCCGGCUUCAAGAAGCUGAAGGACUCCGACAGCAAGUCACUGCUCAAGAAGUACUUGACCCAAGAGGUCUUUGACAAGCUCAAGACCCUCAAGACCCCCACCUUCGGAAGCACUCUCCUCGAUGUCAUCCAAUCAGGUCUGGAGAACCACGACUCCGGAGUAGGUAUCUACGCCCCGGACGCUGAGGCGUACACCGUGUUUGCCGACCUGUUUGACCCCAUCAUCGAGGACUACCACGGCGGAUUCAAGAAGACUGACAAACAUCCCGCCCGAGACUGGGGUGAUGUUGACUCCUUCGCCAACCUGGACCCUGCUGGUGAGUACAUCAUUUCCACCCGUGUCCGUUGCGGUCGCUCCAUGCAAGGCUACCCAUUCAACCCCUGCCUGACUGAGGCCCAGUACAAGGAGAUGGAGGAGAAGGUCUCUUCCACCCUGUCUGGACUGGAGGGAGAGCUGAAGGGAGCUUUCUACCCUCUCACAGGCAUGACCAAGGAGGUGCAGCAGAAGCUGAUUGACGACCACUUCCUGUUCAAGGAGGGAGACAGGUUCUUGCAGGCCGCCAACGCGUGCCGCUUCUGGCCCACCGGACGUGGUAUCUACCACAACGACAACAAGACGUUCCUGGUGUGGUGCAAUGAGGAGGACCACCUUCGUCUCAUCUCCAUGCAGAUGGGUGGAGACUUGGGACAGGUCUACCGUCGUCUGGUGUCUGCUGUCAAUGACAUUGAGAAGAGGGUCCCAUUCUCACACAAUGAGCGUCUGGGAUUCCUCACCUUCUGCCCCACCAACCUGGGAACCACAAUCCGUGCCUCCGUGCACAUCAAGGUGCCCAAGCUGGCCGCCAACAAGGCUAAGCUGGAAGAGGUCGCUGGAAAGUUCAACCUUCAGGUCCGUGGUACCCGAGGUGAGCACACAGAGGCCGAGGGUGGAGUUUACGACAUCUCCAACAAGCGCAGGAUGGGACUCACAGAGUUCCAGGCCGUCAAGGAGAUGAACGACGGCAUCGCCGAGCUCAUCAAGAUCGAGCGUGAACUCUAAGUCUCAGGCUCCUACGUUCAUAUCCAUUCUUUUUUUUAUUUAAAGAUUUAUGUACUUUAAUCUAUUCUUUCUACCAAAGACGGAACCGACUACACCAAAAAUAAAAUUGUGAUAUGUAAUGUUAGUUGUACAUUGCAUAUUGGAAUCGACUGAAAUUAAACUAAUAAGAAAAGAAAGUGGAAAUUUCAGUUUUUUUUACCAUCGGUUUUCUCAUGUUUUGUUAUCCUAGUAGAUGUGCUAUGUCGUUACAAUAUGAUUCUGGUGUACAUUUUGUUAAGCAUUAUCUGGAAGUAAUUUUUUAAAUUACAACAAACCUUGCAAAAUAGAUCCUAGUUUGUGUCGAUGCUUAAUGUACCGCUUGUUUUAUAGGACACUGUAGUGUACCCUGGAAUACUCGUAACGUUAGUUGUUGAAUUGUGUAUAUGGUUAGCUACCACCCGAGAUGGUAAAUUAAACUGUUGACAAAAUAAAAUUGGUUACUAUAUU